UGCUGGUCUCCGCCGGCUCUCUCUCUCUCUCUCUCUCUCUCACACACACACACACACACACACACACUUGCUCGUUGAUCACUGCACUCAGCAGCUCAAUCGAAGACUCGAACUCCUUCGAUUCUCAGAUCUUCGACCCACACAGAUACACCCUCUUCAUCCUUCAAUCGACAAUCUAAGGAAUGAGCCAUUCACAAGAUACUUCCGCUCCUAAGCGGAAAAGGCCAGAAUCGAAUCCCCUUACUCAGUCCCUUGUCGAUGCUGACCGUGCAGUUCUCAAAGUGAUCAAAAGUAAAGAAGAUAUGGGAAUCUGGACAAGAGACAUCAAACGAGACACAAACCUACCAGAAAAUCUGGUUAAUAAAUCCCUCAGGUCACUUCUAGCAAAGAAACUGAUAAAGGAGGUUGUAAACAUCCAAAACAAGGGGAGAAAACACUACAUGGCAGCUGAGUUUGAACCAUCAAAGGAAGUCACGGGUGGCUCCUGGUAUGUGGAAGGGAGUCUUGAUAAAGAAUUCAUUUCUGUUCUCAAAGUUUUUUGCUUUAGGUUCAUACGUAGUCGGAAGGUUGCUACAACGGAGCAAGUUCACCAUUUUUUCAAGAAAAGUGGGGCCAUUAAGGUUGAGUGCACAGUUCAGCAAAUUUCCGAGAUAUUGAGGUGUAUGGUUUUGGACAAUGAAAUUCUAGAGGUGAAGAGCACUGGAUUAGGAGAAUAUCAUUCUAUUCCUAUUGGCACAUCUUGUUAUAGAUGUGCAACUGGGGCAGGGAUUGGACAAGGUCCAAAAAUUGGGGCAAUGGCUUCAAUGCCAUGUGGUGUUUGUCCCAGGAUUAAUCAAUGCACACCCAAUGGGAUUAUUUCACCAAGUACUUGUGCCUACUUCACAAAAUGGUUGGAUUUUGAUUACUAAUGGAUUUUGUUUGAGCUAUUUUUCAAAUUGGCUUUUAAUAUUUUGAGUACUGCUUUUGGAGGAUCUUUGUUUUGCAAUAUGGUUUACCAUUUUAUGCAUACUUCGACAACUCUAUGCAGUAUUAUUAAGCGAAUACGUAAUGGAAGUGGUUUUUGA